CAGCAACAGGUCGUGCUACAAGCGAGCAGCCGUCGCCCGCUGCUGCCUCUUCACAGUUGCUGGACCAGAGUUGAAUACAGAAAGGAAAAGCUCCCCUGCAACUCGCCCCGAGUGUGAAAGAACAAAGACCUCUUUUGAGUGCGUGUGUUCGUUUUGCACCAAGGGAUUUGAGGUAGAUGCCAGCGUCGGCCAUGUUCUCCAAGUUCAAGCACGGUACAGGCGCGCAGAACGUCCUGGACAAUAAUCCGAUAUUGCAGUUUUUCGAAGUGGGAAAGCUGUUAGCGAGUGCUGGGCCUGAAAUGGUCUGGAAAAUCUACGACGGCUACAGGAAGAGCGACGGCAAGGAAGUGUCUGUGUUCCUUUUCGAAAAACGCACCGCCGAGAAGCUGCACAAGCCCAAGAGAAAAGAGACAGUGACGGAGAUCCUGCGGGCCAGCGUGCGCCAAUUGGAGCGCUUCAGGCAUCCCAAGAUAUUGCAGGUUCUGCACUCGGUGGAGGAAUGUAGUGAGACUUUGGCGUUCGCCGCCGAGCCAGUUUACGCGAGUAUGGCCAACAUCCUGGCCUAUCAAGAGGAUCGGCCGCAAGGGGGACCUCCGCCCUUGGCCCGCGAGUACAACUUCCUUGAAAUCGAGCUGAAAUACGGCCUGCUGCAGAUCACCGAAGCGCUGACUUUCCUGCACUACUCGGGCCACGUGCUGCACCGCAACGUUUGUCCAGCAAGCAUCCUGGUGACCAAGAAGGGGACCUGGAAGCUCGGAGGAUUAGAGUUUACGGAGCGAAUGAAUGAAGUCGACGGACUCGAACCUGUGCCGUGUCAACCUUGGACGUCAAGACUGCCAAAAAUGGCUCAGCCCGACCUGGAUUAUAUAGCUCCAGAAGUGCAGUCGUCGUCAGUUUGCAGCAUUCUAUCAGACAUGUUCUCUCUGGGCAUGGUGAUGUGUGCGAUUUUCAACCACGGCAAGCCGCUCAUCCAAGCCAACCACAGCAGCUCAACAUACCUCAAACAGCUCGACUUGUUGGAGGAUCAGAUACACAACGUUUUGCCCAAGGUGCCCAUUCCCCUGCAAGAGGCCGCCUCGAGACUCUUGAGCAAAGAUACGCGGCAAAGACCCACGGCACAAUUACUCUCGCUCAUCAAGUACUUUAGUGAUUCGUCUGUGCACGCCUUACAGUUUUUAGAUGUGAUCAACAUGAAGGACCCAACCCAGAAAGCUCACUUCUACCGGAACACACUCAAAGAUACCCUCCCUUAUAUUCCAAGGAAACUGUGGUAUCAGCACGUGUGGCCGUGUCUUUCGCAUGAAAUGAAGGCUCAGGAGGUGCUGGCCGCUGUGCUGCAGCCCAUCAUUUACAUCAUUCAAGAGAGCUCGCAAGAGGAGUACGAGAAUCUCAUGUUGCCCCUUUUCAGGAGUGUGUUCGCGGCGCCCAAAUCCAUCCAAGCCACAGUUACUCUUUUAGAGAAUUUGCAUAUUAUUCUAGAGAAAACGCCACCAGAGGAUGUUCGUACCGAGGUACUGCCUAUGUUGUUUAACGCCUUCGAAAGCUCCACUCUGCAAGUACAGAGUGCGGCGCUGGUCGCCGUCACCAACGUGGCAGAGUAUUUGGACGAGAGCGCGAUUCGCAAGAUGAUCAUGCCCAAGACCAAAUUGGUGUACGAGAAAAACUCAGGGGACAUCAAAACGGUGCUGAACGUGCUGUCAUGCGUCGAGAGGACCCUGGACAAGCUGGACAGGCCCAUGAUCAUCGACGAGGUGCUGCCGCUGCUGUGGGACGUCCGGCUUUCUGACCCUGAAGUCAUUUUGCGGGUUGUUAAUAUUUACAGACUGAUGUUAAGCGAUAAGAAAUUCGGCCUGUCGGUAAACCUGAUGGCGACGAGGGUGAUGCCCUCCCUGCUGCCCCAGACGGUCAACCCCUCGCUUAAUCUCGAGCAGUUCACUGGUCUUCUCGAGGUGCUUCAAGAAAUGCUCGACCACAUUGACCGGAACCAGCGAAACAAGCUGAAGUUGGACAACUUGUCCUUGCCAAGUCCCGAGCGGCACCGACCUUUGCGUCACCAGUUCAGCACAGACAACAUGCACGCGAGUCCUCCGUUCAACAUCCCGAACUUGAGAAUCGAACAGAGGAAGACCUCGAGUGCGGAGGAUAUGGCCAGAAAGAACUCAGCGGGCGCAACGAGUUUGCAUGGACGCGCAAUUUCAGGUAUGCUGGGAGGGUGGUGGUUCGGCGGUUCGCCAUCAUCGCCGGACAGCAACUUCCUGCGCGUCCACAACGCCUUCCCUCCGAACAGGCGUUUGUCUGACAACCAACUAAUCGGUCCACCGAAAAUCAGGAUCGCGCCUAGUUGCGCGUCCUCCCCGGGAGGCACCCCCGGGGGCAGCGGAGGCCUCCCCAUCCGGAGGCACUCUAGCAUUGGACCUCAGGAGCGUCGUGGGUCUACCAUGAACUUGUCACCGCCCACGGCGUCUUCCUACCACUCUGUGGUUUCACGGGACGGCUCUAGAACUAGUUUAACCGUGCCCGCACCCUAUCUUGCACGGAGCAUGAUAGGCGGGUCGAUGCCGAACACUUCUAGUAGCGUCCCUUUUUUGUUGUCGUCGAGCAUGAGCUCGAUCAGGUCCGGGGGCUCGCGGCGCACGUCCGCCUGCCUGGGCCUGUCAGGCUCGCCGGGGGCCUCCUCGGCGGGCCUGCUGCAGCAACUCGGAUCCGGCAUGGUAAGGACUUUGUCUUCCGCAGCCUCCUCAGCCUACAGUUACUCGCCAUACUCCUCCCAGCACCACAGCCCGCGAGGCUCUUUUUCCUCUCAGGGUGGUGCCAGUAGUAAUGUAAGCAGCUCAUUUUCCUCUGCUCUCGCGCAGAAACUUAAGCACUGAAAAAUCGACACCACGCUUUUUUUUUAUUCAUUUACUUCUUUUCUACCUCGGCGACUUUAAUUUCGUAAGAAUUUGAUAGGAUAGAACGCACUUCCAGGUACUUUGCUUCUAAAAUUUGCACUUUUUUAGAAAGUCGAGCAUGGAGAUUUUGUUGAUUUGUAUAUUUUUUUUCUUACUUAGUAUUAAAUUUCCAUUUUUCUGCAUUAUUAUGAGCAUUCGAACUAUGCUUUUCAUUCAAUUCAAUCUUUUAAAAUAUGCAUAAAUAUUUUUCUUUAGAGAAAUUUGAGUACAGAAGUCAUUUUGUUCCUAGUUCCUAGUGGUUUUUUUUAAAUUGUGUGAUAUAGUUAUUUGAAAUUUAGCUAAAUCCACAGCAAAUUAUUUGGAAGUAAUUGAAGAAACUUAUAUUUUCAAAAAAUUCAGUUUCUUAUUUUUAUUUUUUAUUCUCGUGUGUGCAUUUUUCGAAUUUUUCAACACAGGUAAGCCUUAACUAUGAGCAUGCCAGUUUUCACUUUCUCACGUACAUUCCAAAUGCAACGUAGUGAUGCAACCUGUUGUGCUGGUAUGCUCAACAGGUUGCAUAACUUUGAUGUUUUGGAUCGUGCUAAUUUGUUCAGUGUGUGGAUACGCUCAAAACCGACGAGCGCAUAAAUUUAGGCGACACACAUUGCGUAAUAAACGUUGCGGCAACUUGCUUGCUUGCUAUGCAAAUUUGCAAAUUUGGCUGACAGUAUGGUUUCGCUGCACAAUUCUCUUGCAAAAAUAUUACCACGCUGAAUCCGCUGAAUGUAGAUUUUGAAAAUUUCCACCUAAUGUGAAAACUUAUCAAAAGAAUACAAAUCAAAUUAAAUAAGAGUAGUAACUUUUCGGAAAUUAAUUCAAACACAAUUUCUUGAAUUAAAUUCUAGAUUAAAGGAUACCCUAAAUCCAAAACGUUUCAAAUUCAAAUUUUUAAAAUAUGAAUAUGAGAUUUUAAAAAGGGGGUUGAUGUUUUACAAAUCAUUAGUUUUAAUAUAAGAAAUUGAACGAAAUUAAUUGUUAUCCAAACAAACUUUUAAUUCAAAAAAUAUUUACAGAUCAAAUUCGUUAAAAUGCAUUAAAAAUAUUUUGCGCUGUUUAAUUAAAUUUGCGAAUGCUUGACUCUUACCAACAAAUUUUGAUUUCUUAACUCUUUCCUUUUACAGUAUCAAUUGUUCUCGGGAAAAUCAUAGGCCGGCGCGAGCAGAGGCUGAAUCGAAUCCACGCCUGCAGACUGGUCGGCCAAUUUUUGUGUACUCAUCAGCCAACAACUGCUGCACCCUCAGACGGUUUGCGUCGUUUUUUGUUUGAAUUGUUUCCGCAGCAACAGCAGUGUAACGCAGCAAUACUCCCAUGAAAGAAAAUCCAAUAUUCAAUACUCGUCUCUGCUGAACUUCUCAUUAUAUGAAAAAUAAUCAUUCAAAGUUAAAACUGGGCAGAAAAGGUUGUAUUUAAAAUCUGCUCGUUUAAAGUGAAAAAUCCGUAGCAAUACACUUUUCUGAAAGUAUAUAAAACAGAACUCACCCCCAGAAAGAAAAGCAAUUUAUGCCGAUUAUAGUUACAUAGAAAUGGGAGAACCACACUACACUACUUUCAAUUACUAGUCUUGCUAUCUCUUGUGAAAUUAAAAAAAAAAAUACUCUUGUAUAUUUCUGUAGCAAACAUUUCAUCUCCAGGAAAAAACAAUUAAGAAAGACACAAAAACGAAAGCCUGUACCAUGCAUGAAAAUCAAAAUAUUGAGCGGCGACAAGCGCGAAUUUAAAGUAAGACUUUUAAACCGAGCCCAGAGUCGCGCGUGCCAUUUGAGGAAAUAAAUUUUGUUCUCGUACUGCCACUGAUUGUAUACUGGGUGUGACUGAUAUUUAAGGAAGCGUGUGAACGCGUUUUCGAACCGACCUAUGACCUGACACUGAUGUUAAAAGUCCUUUUCUGAAUUAAUUUCAAAAAAAAAAAAGUUAUGAGGCAUUUUAUGAUUUGCGGAAUAGUUGAAGAAGUUGUAUAGAAAGUAAUAAACGUUUUCUUAAAAAUUAAGUGUACUCGUUACCUUCUGCGGAUGACUAAAAUUUCUGACCAUCCAAAAUUAAUCACUUUCUGCAACUCACGAAUAUUUUUAUAAUGCAACACGUGACGUGCGCCUGUGAAUAGUUUCUAGUAAAUGUGUCCUUGUGUGUCCUCUUGAUUAUGCAAAUAAUUGAUGAUCUAAUCUAAAUAUAAACGGCACCUAUUUGUGUAUGAUCGUGUCCUCAAAAGAAUUUCAAAAAAGAAACAAGCAUUCUGUGAUCUCGCUCAUCUCUAAAACGAUCCCACUUUCUUAAAUGUUCUCUGGACAUAAAUUGAAAACAAAUUGAGUUUUUUUUAAACUUCAUUAUUUUUAAGUUUCAAUACAUUGUAUUUAAUAAUUCUGAACUUUUUUU